AUGGUGCUGCUGUUGACGCUCCUCUCCUCAGCAGCAGCGGAUCUCGCACUGACCGACAUCCCCUCCCCCCCUCCGCGACCAGCCCCAGCGGAGCGCAGCCCGCCGAUUCUCCAAAGGCGCCUACGCCGAUUCCGCAGCGUAGCCGCCCGGCGUAGCUGCCCUGCUUACGCACGCUACAGCAGGCGGACUCCUCCACAGGCUCUCGCCCGACUCCCGCUCCCUCCUCCGUCCCCCGCCCCCUCAGACGAGGCUUCCGGGCCUAGCGGAGGCUGGCUUCCAUCUCGCGAGAUUACCGCCUCCCCAGCUCCGCCGCCUCGCUCCAUUUCGAGCAUGACUUCAUUGGCGUCAGCAACGUUUUGCUGUUCGGGUUUAGCCGCCAUGUUUAAGUUGGCCGGGUUUCGCACCACUGAGGUCAUGGAUACUCAGGCCUCUUUGCGUGUUUCUUCAACACUGCUUCUAAGGUUAACCGCGUUACAUUUGUUGGAGAAAAUCCUGGGAACGCUGAAAAGGACUAGUGGGUGGGGUGCGAGGGUGGGGUCUUGCCCGAAUUAAAGAUGGCCGCAGUCAGCUCUGCCCCGCGCAAUUUCACGUCAAGUUUUGGAGCUGCGGGAGCCGGCCAGUUGGCCUCAGCGCUUCCUUACGGAAUUGGCGUAAGGCAAAGAGGCGCGGCUGGAAGAACCAGACUGAGAAAGUGCCACAGGGCGGGGGCCGCAUCCGCCCCUCGGCUUCUGGUUACUGACCCGACGGCUUUGUGAGUGAAAGUGAAGAGACACUUCGAGGAGGUCCUGGAACCAAUCCCCUCUGAUACUGAGAGACAACUAUUACACAAGAGAAAUAUUCUACCAUUCACAAAAUCUCGUUUAAGUGUCGUGAAAUACAAACACCAGGGAAUCAAGAACUUUAGAAAAUUGUGGCUGUGUUCCCAUAUGGGGUACAAAGGACCAGUGAGUCCCAUUUGUUGUGGUUCCUGCAUUCAAUGACUCCAGAUGUGCCACCACCGAGCUAGUCUUAUGACAACCUAGAAGGCAAAUUGGGAUGGCCCCAUAUUUGUCACUGAGAGCAGAAGGGUUGAGAACUUAGAUCCUGACAGGAGGCCCACCUUUAUUGGAGAAAUGGCUCUGCAACUUAGCUCAUGUAAGACUGCUGGGAUUUGAAAUGUAUCCUAUUAUUUGAAGACCGAAAUCAAAAUAUGAAGGUGGAGCCUCAUGUGUGCCUUCUGUCUUGUUCUCUACUAGGGUGUAAACCAUUUAACUAAAAAUAGUCUCCAAUUUGACACCUUCCCAACUUCACUAGUAUACCCCAAAUCUCCAUGCAGGGUUACAGACCUAUUUCAGCUGGCUCCAUUUACUCUGAGGCAGAUAAAGCUGAGAUUGCAACAUCAGAAGCAGUUCAACCAAUCAUUAUGUACAAACCUCAGCCCAUUUGUAUAAUGCAAUCCUUCUGGUAGUAAUGACACAAAACAUGCCUAUAGGGACGAUCACAACCCUGUCAAAGUCCCAAGUCAUCUGUGGCACCAGGGCCACAGAACUUCUUACCACUUGGAAGCAAAAUAGUUGCUUUAAUGGUAACCAAAUGCCCUCCUUCAAGACAGUAUUUCAAGAAGGAGGAGUAUACAUAUAUUAUACAAACAUAUCCAAUCCCUUUAGAAGAUAAUUAUCAAUAUCAUGCAGGGAAGCUGGAACACACACACAAAAUCAAGUACUAUCUAGAAGAUCAAGCCACAAAUCUCAAGAGAAGCAGUAAGUGUCCAGGGCCUGGGAUCUUUUAUCUUGGCCGUGAGAAUAGCACAGCCCAUGGUGCAGAAACGACAGGCUAGUUGUCCAGCAUAACACGGUGUUUUAUUUCACCAUAGUAGACUGCUGGGAAAUCUCUGGAGGCCUUGGCAGCUGUGUCUUGUCUUUAAUAUGAAGCCUGGCGGGGAAGACAGAGAGAGAGACUCAUAAUUCACAAGAGGCCCAGCUGUAAGAAAGCCAUUCUAAAUAACUGAAUCAGGCACCGAGGAGGAGCGACUAUUCCAUUCCUAAGUCAAGAAUGCUUUUUGUCUUUCCUUCUCUCCUAAUUGGCUCAUGAAAAGAUCAUUUAUGUGUGGUAGAAUCAGUACAUCAGAGGCAGCUUCUGUUUCUCUCCAUUUCUCCUCCCCACUGCUGCUGUCCUGUAAAAAGACCCUUUGUUACAGACUGAAACAGCAGAUGCAGCUCAGAUAUUAUCUUGAAUAAUUUUGUGGGGGAGCAUUUUAUCUUGAACUGGUGUAACACCAUUUUCACGUGGAAAGUGGUUCUAUGUCUGAUCCAAAUAUUCUAGAAACUUGAGAGACCCAUAUGGCAAAGAAGUACUUUACACACAUAUCUCUUUAAAGUAGUGCAGGGUAUGGGAAGAACUGAUAAUGCUGAUUAAAUGAUAUGUAGACGAAAUGAAUGUAAACUGGCAUCAUGGGCUGAGUGAGUCAGGGGAGGCCUUGUGGAAGAGAUAAGAGUAAUAGAAAAUGCUAGGUCAAGUAUGUGUAGAGGCCUGGAGAGAGGAAUGGACUUAGUGGGUCCAAAAGUAAGAAGACUUGUUUGUUGUGAAUACAGAGUUAGAAGUAGGUAGAAGAAAAAGUUGGUCGGGUCCUGCAGAGAUUAAAAAUUCGGUUUAAGAUUUUAGAUUGUUUCAAUAAUCAAUUAGUUGGUGUCUGUGUUCAUUGUGGAAAUGCUUUAAAUAUAGAUAACAAAAAGGAUAAUAACUUACAAUCCUACCAGUCAUAGGAUAAUGAUGGCAGACAAUGUGGUGCACGUUCUUUCAUAUAUUUUAUUGUCCUAGUUUAAGGUUCCCUAUAGGCAGAUCCUGAGAUGAAGAUUUAAAUGCACACCACUUAUUGAGGAGGUGAUUUCAGGAAACACCGGCAGGAGAGUGGGGCAGUAUGACAGGGAAAGAAAGGAAGCAAAAAAAUAAAGGGCAUGUUCUCAAAGGAAUCAGUUGGAGAGCAGUCAUGCUGGAGACACUGGAAGAGAGUAUAGAAGAUGUCUCAAUAUAGUCCCGCCUAGGGAUCAGAAGUCGAAGUAUUUAUCCACUAAUUCUUGUCAAUUGAGAAUUUAUUUGAGGGGCAUUAACUCUCCAAAACGGUCUCCCUGUGCCAGAAAAGUAACCCUAAGCAGAGUGUUGCAGGUAUUUGCAGCAAAUAGCCCUCAGUGUGUCCUGAGGAUUGGUGUAGUACAUAAAUAUACAAAAUUAUUUUUAUUUAUAAAAAAGCUUUCUAUGCAUCAGGCUCUGUACUGUGUGUUUUACUUGCAUUCACUCAAAUAGUUCUCACAGAAGCCCUGUGAGGUCGGCGCUACUCUUAUCCCCUGAGGAUUAGAGGCUGGGAGAAGUAUAUAUGAGAGUCAUAUGGAGAUUAAAUACCUGAAGUCAUGAGGAGAUGAUGCACUCUCCAAGAGAGCUUUGAUGACAGCCUAUUUAUGCAGCUUCUGUCAUCUGUACACAUUCUCCUCUUUCUGUCAACAAAGAGUUUUUCUUUUGCAAUUGUAAAUGUCCUCUGUUUUCAGAGACUUUUGUUGGAAAACAAAACAAAAUCUUGAGACAUGAAGGAUCUGUAAUGGACACCUGUCGAUUGUGUCUGUUCAGCAGCUCCUCUCCCACCUGUCUUCCAGUACAACACCUUAUUUCAUUGGAGAGAAAGGUUCUACCUCUUCUCCUUAAGGUUUUAGUGGACAGCCAAACCAGUCUUCAGUCUACAGGGUGAGUAUGAGAUCCAGGCUUGACCAACCAUAGUCACCACCCACUUGGCUACAUCAAAUUGAGCCAGAAAGAGCCUUUCCCUGGGAAUUUAUAUGUAGACUUUGGGAAAAGGAAGCUUUCUUCUCUGAUGUUACUAGACAGCGAUGACAAAACCAGUGCUUGUCUGGACCAUGCUCCACUUCCUCUCCACAGCAAGAUGAGCAAGCUCAUCUGUAGUAGGAAAGAAUGUAGGAAUGCAUCCCCUGCACAGGGAAAAGCAGAGGAGAGAAUGAAAAAGAGAGAGAGAGAGAGAGAGAGAGAGAGAGAUCUGACUGUACUGCUAAGUCCCUGCAAUCCCCACCAAGGUCUACAAGGUCUACUUCCCCUAGACUACAACUACCCAUUACUUGUGCCAAAUAUUCAAUAAAUCGUAACCUUAGCAGGGAGAGGGAUGAAGAGAGAUUGAUUAAUGGGUAUGUAUAUACAGUAUGAUAGAAGAAAUAAGACCUAGUAUUUGAUCAGUCAGUAGUAUGACUAUAGUUUACAAUAAUCUAUUAUAUAUUUCAAUAUAGCUAGAAGAGAAGAAUUAGAAUGUUUCUAGCAUAAAGAAAACACAAAUAUUUAAGGUGAUGGGAAUCUCAGUUACACUGAUUUUAUCUUUACAAGGUAUAUGAAUGUUUUAAAUUGUCAUAGUACCCCCAAAAUAUGUACAUGUUAUGUAUCAAUAAAACACAAAAUUAAAAAAUAAAUAUUUAAACAAUCAUAA